GACUGGGAUUUCAGUGUUGACCCCUGCAGCAGUCGCUCAAGCUGGAAGCGUGCAGAUACGUCAUUGUACAAUAACAGUGUGAAAUGUGAUUGCACAAGUCCGGACGGCGUAUGCCAUGUUCAGGAAAUGUACACUUGCUUAACUCUCUGGUAAUAUCUUCAGUUUGCGAUUGAAUAAUGAUAUAUUAGUUGUUUUUUCCUUCUUGCAAGAUCUCUCCAAGGGCAAGAUCUUGCUGGCGUGCUUCCACCGGCAAUUGUGAAGCUACCUUAUCUUCAAAAACUCGAUCUGACUCGCAACUUCCUCAGCGGGAACAUACCUGCUGAAUGGGCUUCUUCCAAGCUACAAUAUCUGUCUCUUUUGGCGAACCGCUUAACCGGAAAUAUCCCACGUUACUUGGGAGAAAUGACUUCACUUACUUUCUUGAGCCUUGAGAACAAUUUCUUUCAUGGAUUUGUUCCCCAUGAGCUUGGACACUUGGUUAAUUUGGAGAGUCUGACUCUUAGCGCCAACAAUCUUACCGGACACUUGCCUCUUACUCUCUCUAAUAUGACCAAAUUAAAAGAGUUUAAGAUAAGCAGCAACAACUUCAGUGGAAAAAUUCCCAGUUUUUUCCAAAGCUGGAAGAGUCUCGAGAGAUUAGAGAUUCAAGCUAGUGGCUUUGAAGGGCCUAUUCCUUCUACAAUUUUUGCUCUAAACAACUUAGCCGAAGUAAGGAUUAGUGACUUAUACGGGGAAGGUUCAGCAUUUCCAAAAUUAGACAACUUGACAAAACUUCAAAGGCUGAUGUUGAGGAACUGUAAUAUAUCUGGAUUUAUCGGACCUCUAGAUGCAAUCCAAGAUCUGAAAAUUUUAGAUCUCAGUUUCAACAGGUUGGGAAUUAAUUCAACAGAUCUUGAAGUUCUUGCUCGUGCAAGGUUGAGCUAUUUGUUCCUGACAAGCAACUUACUCACUGGACCCAUUCCGGACUGGCUCAAGAAUGGUGGUAUAAAUGUUGAUAUAGACCUUUCUUAUAAUAAUUUUACCAAAAGUUCAUUGCCACCUACAUGUCGAGAUAAGCUAAAUUUGUUCAAAAGCACUUCAGGAGUGAAUGACUCAAAACCUAUCGAGUGCCUAAAGAAAUUCGCUUGUUCGAAAGACAGGUAUUCCGUGCAUAUAAAUUGCGGUGGAAUAGAAACAGUCAUUGGAAGCGUGAGCUAUGAUUCAGAUGAAGAAUUUGGAGGUCCAGCAACAUAUAUUCCCAAAGAGGAGACUUGGGAAGUUAGUACCACAGGACAAUUCUGGGGCAAAAAUAAAGCUAUGUCAGACUAUAUAGCAGAAAACGUAUCCACCCUUAGGAUGAGCAAUUCUCAGCUGUACACAAGUGCACGUGCAACUCCUCUAUCCCUUACGUACUUUGUGCGUUGUUUAGGAAAUGGGAAUUACACUGUGAAGCUUCAUUUCGCAGAGAUAAUAAUCAGGGAUAAUAGCUCAUUCCACAGUCUUGGAAGACGGAUUUUUGACGUCUAUAUCCAAGAGAAACGUGUGUUGAAAGAUUUCAAUAUAGUGAAGGAAGCACAGGGGGUAGAUAAGGUGGUCAUCAAGGAUUUUAAAGCAUCGGUUAAGAAGGGAACUAUAGAGAUUCGUUUUCAAUGGACCGGGAAAGGAACAACCGCUGUUCCUAGCAGAGGAACCUACGGUCCUAUCAUAUCUGUGAUUGAUGUGGAAUCUGACUUCAAACCUCCUGAAUCUGGUGGAGGCAUAUGGAAAAAAUUGAUUGUGGCUGGAGCUGUAGUUUUGCCAGUGUUGCUCGUUCUUAUUACCGUGUGCAUUAUUUGGUGGAAAGCUCACAAAAGGGAAGUAAAAGAUCAAGAACUAUUGGAUUUAGACUCGCAAAUUGGUGUUUUCACCUUCAGACAAAUUCAAACUGCCACAAACAACUUUGAUCCAGCAAACAAGAUUGGACAAGGUGGUUUUGGAGCAGUGUACAAGGGAACUCUAUCAGAUGGCACUAUUGUUGCCGUAAAGCAACUCUCUUCGAGGUCAAAGCAGGGAAAUCGAGAAUUUUUGAAUGAAGUAGGCAUGAUUUCUGCUUUACAGCACCCAAAUGUUGUUAGAUUGCACGGAUGUUGUGUUGAGAAGAAUCAAUUGCUGUUGGUUUACGAGUACAUGGAAAACAAUAGCCUAGAAGUUAAUUUGUUUGAGGAGGAAAACAAGUUGAAAUUGGACUGGCCAAUGAGGGAAAGGAUCUGUAUUGGCAUGGCAAAAGGUCUUGCAUUCCUCCAUGAGGAAUCUGUAAUAAAAAUUGUUCAUAGGGACAUUAAAGCUGCAAAUAUUCUACUUGAUAAGGAUCUGAAUCCCAAAAUCUCCGAUUUCGGUUUGGCCAAGCUUGAUGAGGAGGACAACACUCACAUCAGCACCAGAGUUGCCGGAACUAUAGGCUAUAUGGCACCGGAAUAUGCAUUGUGGGGUCACUUAACAUACAAGGCAGAUGUUUACAGUUUUGGCGUUGUUGCAUUAGAAAUUGUAGUUGGGAAAAGCAACGUGAAGUAUCGACCCGACGAAGAUUUUGUUUGUCUCCUAGAUUGGGCUCUGGUUGUGCAACAGAGAGGAAACCUAGUGGAGCUAGUUGACCAAACACUGGGUUCCAACUUCAACAAGAAAGGAGCGGUUAGAAUGAUGAAAAUAGCUUUGUUGUGCACGAAUCCUUCGCCCUCGCUUAGGCCUACAAUGUCGGAGGUAGUAAAAAUGCUUGAAGGGGGAGCUCCUGUUCCUGAAUAUGUAAUGGGAGGAAGCGUAUAUGGGGAUGCGCUCGGGGCCUUACGAAACCAAUUCGAUCAUGACAUAAAUACUGAUGAAUUAAGGUCCAAGGCAAGCUCGAGUGAAAUCACACCUUGUGACUAGAAAUUUGAAUGAAUUUAAUAUUUGGUUGAAUGUUUUUGGUUGAAUAUUUAUUUUGAAUCAAGAAGAUUAUAGUUUAAGUUUAAAGUAUUAUUAAAAUAAAGAAAGCUUGAGGUUAUGGACA